GGUGCCAAGCAUUUAUAGAGUUGGAUUGGUAAUAGCUCAUUUGGCUAGCCUCCUGUAAAGAUAGCACGACGUAGCAGCAUAAUAGAAAUCAGAUUAGCAUGACACAAGGAUAUCAUGUUUAGCGGAAUAAUAUAUUUGUAGUACUUGACAGCAAUUAUGGAGCUCCGUUUUAAAGAGGAAUUGAGAGCAUCUGACCACCAGCCAGAGUGCAAGCUUUAAAAAGUGUAGACUUAACUAUGCCUUAUCUCUGAGAAUGGGAGGAAGUGGGUCCAAAGCCAAAGGUGUCUGGCCUUUCUCAGGCAGUGGGGCUGGAGGUGAUUCAGCCGGUGAUGGGAAUGAGCAGUCUUUAGCCCGUCUCAAAGGGUCCAGAAGUGCAACACCGUUUAUUUUUACCAGGAGGAGUUCUUUAUACUACGACGAGGAUGGCGACCUUGCCCACGAGUUCUAUGAAGAGACAGUAGUGACAAAAAAUGGCAGAAAAAAGUCCAAGUUGAAGAGGAUCCAGAAAAAUCUGAUUCCACAGGGAAUUGUGAAGCUCGACCACCCCUGUAUUCAUGUAGAUUUCCCCAUUGUCCUCUGUGAGGUGUGAAGAGCUACACCGGACUGGUUUACUGUGAGGUUCAGUUGCAGGUACUCUGCGACGAGUCUUGUUAUGGUCAAGACUGGGACUAUGGUCUGGAGAGCAAAAUGACAAUUCAGACUGUCAAAUUAAAUUUGGAUAUUGAAUGAGAUGUUUUCCAUUUGAAUUCAGGUAUGGUUGGAGGGCCCUGUGCACUCAAAAUCCAUAUUUUGAUGUUGGCAGAAUUAGUGAUGGUCCAGGUUGCAUUACCACUACCCAGCUGAUAUGUAAGCAGUUUUAGAGAAUACGUAACACUAAGUUGUAUUUCUCUUGUGAGGUUUUUGCAGGGAAAACCUUCCUUGAUGUGAAAAGGCUUUAAUGGUUUAUGCCUUUUGUGAGAUGUGGAGUAGUAGACUCUGUACUGUGUGUCCUUGUGUGUGUACAUGUUUGAGUGAAUGUGUGUAAGGGGGAUGCUUAAUGUUUUUAGCGGGGUAGGAGAAUGAAGGAUUGUGACCUUUAUUGUAUAUAUAUGGUCAUGCUCUGUAUUGUCACGUCCAAGUCUGUCUCAGUUACCAGAGGUCAGACCUGCACUAGUGAACAUGAUGCACUGUAAAUAAUUUCAGAUUUCUUAGUUGGAAAUACUUGAAUAAAUGUUUUACUGAGCUGAA